AUGGCCUCUCAAACAUCAUCAGACAGCAACAACAACACCAUGACUACAAAUCCUUCAGGCAUAGUGCAUCCUCAACAUCAACUCAUCUCUAUUAAACUCACAGAUGCAAACUACUUGCUGUGGAAGCAACAAACCUACAGUGCUAUAGUUGGUUAUGGCCUUAAGAACUUCAUUGCUGCAGAUUCCAUCCCUCCACCAAGGUUUCUCUCCUCUGGCAGUGGAGAUCCACCAACCCUCGACCUAGAAUUUGCUACCUGGGUCAGACAGGAUCAGCUCCUCAUGUUAUGGUUGCUCUCUUCUCUAAGUGAGAACCUACUUAUUAUGAUGGUUGGCAAGACAACAUCUCGUGAGGUGAGCCUGUUUCAGAACAAAAUCACAUUCUCUACAUCCUUCCUGGUCUUGGGAGUGAGUAUAACCCAGCUGUGGUUGCUGUUACUUCAAGAAUCGAGCCAUACUCUCUCAAUGAAGUCUAUGCAAUGUUACUGA